UACUGGUGGCUGCAAGCUGCGAUUUUGGCGUGCUCUCAUUUCCUAUCCUUAUCUCCGUCCGUGGCUGCCUUGGCCAGCCAGCUUUUCAGUUUGUGCCUGGUCAUUGAUCAAUAAAACGAACCUAAGGAAAUACAGGACACGAUUACCCCAUUGCCAACUCUGGCCCAGGGCUGGUACAGGGAGCUCAGGGUUUCUGCACCAGUGGACUGCAGAAACUUAGUGAUAGCACCCUCAGUCCCUGAGGUCUGAAGCUCGCUGCACAUCCUCAUACCUGGGAGCGUGACCCCCGCGCCCGACGCCAAGAUGCCGGCCCACAUACUGCAAGAGAUCUCUGGCUCUUACUCAGCCACCACCACAAUCACAGCGCCUCCCUCUGGGGGACAGCAGAACGGAGGAGAGAAGUUUGAAAAGAACUCUCACCACUGGGGAGCAGAUGUUCGCCCUGAAUUAAAAGAUGACUUAUAUGACCCUAGCUACCAGGAUGAGGAGGGGCCCCCGCCCAAGCUGCAGUACGUCUGGAGAAACAUCAUCCUCAUGGCCCUGCUGCACUUGGGGGCCCUGUAUGGGAUCACACUGAUUCCCUCCUGCAAGGUCUACACCUGCCUCUUCGCAUAUUUGUACUAUGUCAUCAGUGCCUUGGGGAUCACGGCCGGGGCCCAUCGCCUGUGGAGCCACCGAACUUACAAGGCUCGGCUCCCCCUGAGGCUCUUCCUCAUCAUUGCCAACACCAUGGCUUUCCAGAAUGAUGUGUAUGAAUGGGCUCAAGAUCACCGCGCCCACCACAAGUUCUCAGAAACACACGCUGACCCUCACAAUUCCCGGCGUGGCUUUUUCUUCUCUCACGUGGGCUGGCUGCUCAUGCGCAAACACCCGGCCGUCAAAGAGAAGGGCGGAAAACUGGACAUGUCUGACCUAAAAGCCGAGAAGCUGAUCAUGUUCCAGAGGAGGUACUACAAGCCCGGUCUCCUGCUCAUGUGCUUCAUCCUGCCCACACUGGUACCCUGGUAUUUCUGGGGUGAAACUUUCCUCAACAGCCUGUGUGUCAGCACCUUCCUGCGCUAUGCCAUGGUGCUCAACGCCACCUGGCUGGUGAACAGUGCCGCCCACCUCUAUGGCUAUCGCCCCUACGACAAGAACAUUAGCUCUCGGGAGAAUAUCCUGGUUUCCAUGGGAGCCGUGGGCUAGGGCUUCCACAACUACCACCACGCCUUCCCCUACGACUACUCUGCCAGUGAGUACCGCUGGCACGUCAACUUCACGACAUUCUUCAUCGACUGCAUGGCUGCCCUGGGCCUGGCUUAUGACCGGAAGAAAGUGUCUAAGGCCGCUGUCUUGGCCAGGAUGAAAAGAACUGGAGAUGGGAGCUGCAAGAGUGGCUGAGUUUGGAAUCUUCCGGUUUCUGUUCCAAAAGCCAGCUUGGCAGAGGCUUAAUGUUCUGUUAAUUAACUACUGAGUAUUGCUCCCCAGACGCUAAAGUGACGACGUUAACCCAUUCUGGUACAGUAUUGUAAAAUGGACAACGUAUCGGAAGUCAGCGGCUCUUCCCUUUCGAUGCUAACCUCUUUUCUUUUCCCGUUGUCUUUUUCUUUGCUUUGUCCCUGUUGACCUCAUUUCUCAUUGCCUCCCAAGCCAGCAGCUGCUCUGCUGUGGGUCAGUGUUCACCUUGCAAUGCAUACUGACUUUCCAAGGGUCUAAAAGUACAGGUUUGUGCCCCCACCCCCACCUCGUAAGCUGUGUUCUGAGUUAGAGAUGCAAGAAAAUCUUCCGAGGUUUCUCCUGUUAUUUUUAGCCCAGGCUUUGCCAGAUGAAAUGGAAGGUAAAUCUUAAGGGGCCAAAUUCAACAUGCAAGGCUGUGGUUCAUCAGAGAUGUGGGAGAGGGGGAUCUUUGGUGAUCCGGCUCAGCUCUUGCCUAGCGGAGGCACGGGAGCCUUUUCACACAGCAUGCUUCCUCUCCUAAUUCUGAGUAGGUGACAGCCAUGGAACUUGGUGACACUAGAAUACAGUAACACAUGUCAGUAUCUCCGUGUAGUUUAGGUUGAUGAUUUAAAAAAAAAAAAAAAGGUAAACAACCGUUUGUAGGGCAAGUGGUCUCUACUGAAAAAGGAUUUUCUUUUCUUUUAAUGACCAGGCUCUCGGGCCAGGUGUGGUGGGUGGCACAUGCCUUAAAUCACAGCACUUGAGAGGCAGAGGCAGGUGGCUCUCUAGAUAGUGAGACCUUGUCUGAAAUAAGUAAAUAAAUAAAGCGAUUCAAAGGAUAAGCAGAGCGAGAAGUCUUCAGGUGAGGCGUGUUGGAAACUGAUGAGGGCAGUCACUCAUACUUUUGAGCGUUCUGUGAGUUGCGCACCCCACUUUUAAUUCCUGCUCUCUGUUGGUUGCUCCCAUAAAUUAAGGUGGCUGUGGCAUUUUCAUGCGUCCAAUAGUGGAAGCGUUUAUAGAGUUGGAGUUAAGGUCUAUCCUGGAACCUGCAAAUACUCAUUUGGAGUGCUUCCCUCUGAAAAGAGUUGCUGAGCACGUUGCCUGUUCCUCCCAUGUUGGGCAGCCGCUGGAGAAGCUGGGAGACACACCACAGGCAGUUCUUAAUAACUUUCCAAAGGAAAACCUUCCGGGAACACAUUGCCAGGGGACUUCAGAGUCUUGGGGUGCUCUAGUGAGGCUCUUCAAUCUUUGUCGUAAGGCUUCUCCUACAGUAUUUAUUGACUCAUGCCUCCUUGACUCUGACCAUCCAGUCUACAUGGAGGACUGCCUGGGACACAUGGCCCUGUCUCUGAGCUCUACCACAUCUGCUUCUUUUUCCUACCCACUUUUGUGGUUUUGGUUGUGGGUUUGUUUUUCUUCUUCCCCUUUGACAUUUAGUUUUGCUCUAGGCAGAAAUGUCCUGUGUGUUUACAGGCAGUAGAUGGGCAUCCUAGCCGCUUCCUUGC